AUGUCUUCGGCAUUCCCCAACUACUAUGAACUCUUGCAUCUUUCCCCUACCGCAACGACCGAUGAGAUUCGUACUGCGUAUAAGAAGGAAAGUUUGAGGACACAUCCCGAUCGGUUGGGAAACGCGACACAGGAAGAGAAACGUGCAGCCACGGAGAAGUUCCAGGCUGUCGCAGAUGCAUACUACGUUCUCUCUGAUCCUGUUCGACGCAAAGAAUAUGAUACCCUAUUCGCCCAACGCACAUCACACUUUACUACCGACCCAGGUGCCUCAGAGUCCUUCUUCGCCCAAUUUGCUAAUCUGUUCACUGGUGGUGGAUCGAGCGAGCCUCCUCCACAUCGUCCAGAUCCUGAAGGCGUUUUUGGAGAUGUGUUUGAAGACUUGUUACGUCCCGAGGUAGAGAAACAUGCUAGCUGGUGGACAUACCUCGGGGCCGCAAGCGGUGCUGGGCUGGGGUACAUCAUUGCAAAUAUUCCUGGCAUGAUCAUGGGCGGGUAUGCUGGGAAUCGAUUGGGUGCUAUUCGUGAUGCGAAAGGCAAACCCGUUGCAGUGGUUUUCUCACAGCUCGGAGGAAGCCAGAAGGCAGAGAUCUUGAAAAUCCUUGCCAUCAAAGUGUUGGGGUCAAUCUAA